AUGUCGGGAGGUUACAGAGAGACCCCCCCUUACCGACAUUUUCUGGUCUCCACAGCUCCGUCCCAGGUCAGCGAGGUCAUCAAGGAGAAGGUGCAGCAGCGCAGCAUCCAGCUGUCCUGGCAGGAGCCCCAGCAGCCCAACGGGGUCAUCACAGAGUACGAAAUCAAAUACUACGAGAAGGAUCAGAAGGACAGGGUGUACUCCACAGUCAGGUCCAAGUCCACGUCGGCCACAGUGAACAACCUUAAGCCCAGCACCUCCUACGUGUUCCAGAUCCGGGCAUUCACCGAGGCGGGCUACGGCACCUUCGGCCCCCGCCUGGAGAUCACCACCAAAGAAGAAACCACAACCACGAUCGUCUCCAGCGAGCAGAACCCCGUUAUCAUCAUCGCGGUGGUGGCCGUGGCGGGGACCAUCAUCCUUGUGUUCAUGGUGUUCGGCUUCAUCAUCGGGAGAAGGUACGCUCUCGCGGGCCCCAUUGACUCUCCGCUCCUGCACUGCGGGUACAGCAAAGCUGAUCAGGAGGGAGACGAGGAGCUCUACUUCCAGUUUAAAUUUCCAGGCACCAAAACCUACAUUGACCCUGAAACCUACGAGGACCCCAACAGGGCUGUCCAUCAAUUUGCCAAGGAGCUGGACGCCUCCUGCAUUAAAAUCGAGCGGGUUAUCGGAGCAGGAGAGUUUGGGGAGGUGUGCAGCGGCCGGCUCAAGCUUCCUGGAAAGCGGGACGUGUCUGCCGCCAUCAAGACGUUAAAAGUAGGCUACACAGAGAAGCAGAGGCGGGACUUCCUGUGCGAGGCCAGCAUUAUGGGACAGUUCGACCACCCCAAUGUGGUUCAUCUGGAGGGAGUCGUGACAAGAGGAAAACCGGUGAUGAUUGUCAUCGAGUACAUGGAGAACGGCUCAUUAGAUGGUUUCCUCAGGAAACACGAUGGUCAGUUCACAGUCAUCCAGCUGGUGGGCAUGCUGCGGGGCAUUGCGGCAGGAAUGAGAUAUCUCUCCGAUAUGGGAUACAUCCAUCGAGACCUGGCCGCUCGAAAUAUCCUUGUCAACAGCAAUCUCGUAUGUAAAGUUUCCGACUUCGGCCUGUCAAGGGUGAUAGACGACGAUCCCGAGGCUGUCUACACAACAACUGGGAAGAUGCAGGAUAUAAUGAAUGUGAUGUUUACUCCAGCCACUGACCUGCGUUUUACUGAACAGGGUGGCAAAAUCCCCGUCAGGUGGACGGCGCCGGAAGCCAUCCAGUAUCGUAAAUUCACCUCGGCCAGCGACGCAUGGAGCUACGGCAUCGUCAUGUGGGAGGCCAUGUCCUAUGGGGAGCGGCCCUACUGGGACAUGUCCAAUCAAGAUGUCAUAAAGGCGAUAGAGGAGGGGUACCGCCUCCCAGCGCCGAUGGACUGCCCCCCCGGCCUGCACCAGCUCAUGCUGGACUGCUGGCAGAAGGACAGAGCCGAGCGUCCAAAAUUCGAUCAGAUAGUCAGCAUCCUCGAUAAGAUGAUCCGCAACCCUAACACCUUGAAAACCCCAGUGGGAACAUGUACAAGACCAAUUAGUCCGCUGUUGGAUCAGAGCACACCAGACUUCACCACUUUCCGCUCUGUAGGAGAGUGGCUGGAAGCCAUCAAGAUGGAGCGAUACAGAGACAACUUCACAGCGGCUGGCUACAGCUCCCUGGAAUCUGUGGCCAGGAUGUCAAUCGAUGACGUGAUGAGCUUGGGGAUCUCGCUGGUGGGCCAUCAGAAGAAGAUCAUGAGCAGCAUACAGACUAUGAGAGCCCAGAUGCUGCACCUCCACGGCACAGGGGUCCAGGUGUGACCCGCAGUUUGCAUCAUGAGAAACUCUAACAGAACUUAUGGGAUGUACCCGGGACAAAUGGUCAAAGCUAACGGACGUGAGUCGUGCCGGAAUCCUCGGCUGUGUCUGGAGUGAAAUCAUUCCUUUGUUCCUCGCUCCGCCUCUUCACAGGGCACUGAAGAGAGGAAAAGGACAAACAACCGCAACAAAAAAGAAACUACCUGAACCAGAUGACUUUCUUUACUUACUUUCGUUAGAAGCGCUUAUGAACCCAACCACAUAUCAAAGGGUGCAUUGGAAAGGACUUCUGUUUGAACUUAAUGAAUGAUUUAAAUGCACACCGAGGCUAUGGAUUCUCUCUAAAAAGAACAAAAAAAACAACUUGUCUACUUGCAGUGGUUUCACUUACAUUUUUGUAUUUGUUAGUUUUCUUUCUGUCUACUACGAUGACAUGUUUGGCACAUGCAGCAGUUUGUUUCUCUCUUGUAUUUGGAUUUGACUACAGGGUAAAGGAGAGGGUUUUAUGGUUUCAACCUCUCAAUGUUUUUUAUUAUAGAAUGUUCUGAAGAGUGCAACACUGAAGAGACGCAGGAGAAUCAGCAGACUUUUAUAUCAGAGUAGCAAUAUCCUUGUCUUACUGUUCACCACAGGAAACGCAGUCGCUUGGUUAUUGAGUAGAAUGUUGCAGCACUGUUGAAAUACUUUAUUGAAAUUGAAGCCACCACAAAUUGUUUUGCCAUCGUUUUACCUAAAAUGUUGCACACAGUGUUUGUUUCGGUGCAUUGUUGAGCUGCAAAUCCAGUUUUUAAAGGUGGCUCCAAAAACAUUGUAGACGUAAUACUGCCUUAAAAAGUGUUAGCUUAAGUGUUGCUACUAUUUUAGGAUCUUCAAUGGAAAUGCUUUCUGCAUUCAUUUAAAGGGUCGACAAGCUCCCUAUAUUUUUGUUUUUCUUGUAGUGUGAUGUCUUUUUAUCGCUGACUAAUCUUGAACUGGUGAAAGUGAGACACGGUGAGCGAAGAAGAGUAGGACUGAACAGAGCAAUAAUUACCAGGUAGAAACGGUCCUCACCUGAGAUUUGUAAGGUGCUAGGUUUUAUCAAAUAUGUGUGCUGUGCUGAGACUAACCCUCUGGAAAGAAGUAGUCACCCUCGGAAAGGAAAGUACCUCUUUGACCCAAAAACGGUUCGGAAAGUGCUCAGAAAAACUGCCGUGCCAAGUCAUCAGAGGAAAUAACCAUGUUGUAUUUUGCCGCUAUGAUAUGCUAAACGUCUGAUGGAAACAUGGCGUGGAAAUGUUAAAGUGAUGCGGCGAUGAAAGAGACACCGUUAGAACACUAGGAAGGCGCCUUAGCCAUGCUGACAUCCUUUCCGGACACAGACGCGCUGUCCAGAAAUCAAAGAGCCCCUUCAGGGUUUGGGUCGGAAAAUUAGGACCAAACGAUGGAGCUGGAGUCAGACCGUGCUGUUGAAACCCCCCCCCCCCCCCACCCCAGCCACGCAGCUCCCUUAUUUAUUCAUGUGUCUCCACCGCUCAUCCCUCACAGGCGAAGAUGUGAUGGAACAUGCAUUAAAGUGUCUCUUCAGAUUGCUCCUCUUUUCUUCCAUACGGCGUUGUAUGGAGAACAGAGACGAGGGGGCUUUGCAGAAGAUGUGCUAAAAGCCAAUCAACCUAUUCCGUGCCAUCUGUCUCCACUUCAAAUGCCACAAAAGGAGAAAGUUUCCAUGUUGAUUAUGUUUCACUGCAGCAUUCUUUGAUAAGAGGAUGCAGUGAUUAAGCUGUCAUGGUGUUGUGAAGGAAAAACCAUCAUGUCUUCAACUCCUGUAGCUACCUGAUAUACAUCUAUGUUUUCAAAAGCUAGAGUUAGGUCAACUGCUUCCUUCUCAAAUGUAUAGAAAAAGAAAAAACUGCACAUUUCACCAAUCCCAGUUUACAUAUUCAAAUCCCCCUUAUCGUCUAACUAACUGUCCCUGAUGCAGAGAUAUGUAUUUACCAAGCAUGGAGGACAACUAAUCUAGCACACACUCACAUUCAAGGUGGAACCUGUGCAUCUUUGCCUACAAAAGAUUUGAACAGUCAAUUUCACAUUUUCUAUGAUUUUCUUUAGCACAGAACUGAUGAGCUGCAAUCAAAUGUUCCACUGACAGCAGAAACUGAAAACAGUAAAUGAAGAGUACUGUUGAGUUGGCUUUAUGAAAACAUGCUGAAUGAGAACAGAAAGCAGCACUUUUAACAACGCGAGAGACAGUG